AUGUCACCCCUGAAACAAAUCCAAAGACGAUUACUUAAAUUAGAAUUUCGCCAACAAACUAAGACGCAAGAACUUAUCCACUCAUGGAAGGAGUUUUAUUGCGUUGAAAACAAGCAAGAGCAAAAGGGCCAGCUGACUUGA